AAAUUGCCCGUAUCGCAUGAACACUGGUAGAACACGAGUUUAACCAGCGAGAAAACAACUAACAUUCCAGUUCGCAAAGAAAUUUCAACGGGACGAAAGACUGUGUGGAAUCCAAUAAUUAGUCACCGGACAUCAGUUUGAAUACUACUGUCAAGAAAAAAAACCCGACGACUAUUGACUCGGUACAGUACAGUUCCACUAUUUUGGAAGUUUUGCUCUGUUCUACAUUGAUAACUUUGGGCUUGAUUAUAAUAUACCUUCUGCGGAAACGUUUGGUUGCUGAAAAGACACUCGAGAGGGCUUGCCCUUUUUUGGACUUAUAAAUUCAGCUACUACACUGAAGAAUUCCAGCAAUAUUUGAAUAAUGUCCACAAUAAUGGAACAGCCUUUCUAUCAUGACGACUCGUUUCUUUCUGCUUAUGGUCAUUCAGGCGCUGCCCUGCACGACUACAAGCUCCUCAAGCAGAACAUGAACUUGAACUUCGCCGAGAACUAUCGGAACCAAAGCCUCAAGGCUCAGCUGCGCAACGAGAGUGAAUUCUAUCCGACCGGGGGCGCAUCAGAAGUCGGCUCACUGAAGCUCGCCUCUCCUGAACUGGAGCGAUUGAUCAUCCAGAACAGCAACGGUGUCAUCACUACCACACCGACACCUGGGCAGUACUUCUACAGUAGGGGAAUCACAGAGGAACAAGAGGGCUUCGCGGACGGGUUCGUUAAAGCUCUGGACGACCUCCACAAGAUGAACCAGAUGCCGCCACCGAACGUGUCCAUCGGAACCGGUGGAGUCUCCACGUGCACUGUGGCCUCCACCGUGUUUGGUUCCUCCAUGCAGCCGGAGCACCUAGAGUACACAACCCUGGACAGCUGUAGCCCUCACACUAAUCUCACACCUGCAACCAGCAGCUACCCCUCCACCACCAUCAGCUACCUGCCUCACCACCAGUACCAGCACCACCAAGCCGCGGCGCACCCAUCCCACCACUUCCAGCACUCGCUAGCCGGAGCAGGCCUACACGCACAGCGAUAUUUGGGGCUGAAAGAGGAGCCCCAGACCGUUCCAGACAUGCAGAGCAGCGACGACGAGUCAGUUUGCGGUAUGUCCCCAAUCGACAUGGAGAACCAGGAGCGCAUCAAGGCCGAGCGCAAGAGGCUCAGGAACCGCCUGGCAGCCACCAAGUGCCGGAAACGCAAACUGGAGCGCAUCUCGCGCCUGGAGGACAAGGUGAAAAUUCUGAAGACAGACAACGCCGGGCUCUCCAGCACAGCUUCCGUCCUGCGCGAGCAGGUAGCUCAACUCAAACAGAAAGUUAUGACACACGUCAGUUCUGGCUGUCAACUCAUGUUGACAUCCAAGAUCAAAUCGUUUUGAAAACUAUAAAACGAUGGACUAUACAAUAAACACUGGACAAUAAUAGGGAAUACAUUUGUUUUUCUUUGUUAAAGCAAUCAGAACGUACUGCACUGUUGGGAUAGCAAUUGAGUGAACUACCAUGUGUUUUCAUGUUGAAAAUAUUCAAAAGUUGGUUGGUUUUUUUGCAUUGUUUAUUGGUUUCCAGGGUAUGAUGGACAUGGGAAACCGCGUGCACAAUAAGACUAAUAACACUCGGGGCAUUCUGAACAAGUUAUAUACAGUGUCCUCUAGUUAUGGCUUUGCCUGUUUACAUUUGUUUUUAUUAAUUUGAACUGUCAUUUGUGAAAUGCAUUCCAUUUAUAAGUUAUUGUUUUAAGUCAGGUUGAUCCUCACUGUCUUUUUUACUUGUACAGUAUAUAUUUAAGUAAAAUCUUAACUUUCCCUCGUC